GAACUGUGGUAGUGUGAGGUUCUUAUUCGAUUAAUUAACAAAAACAGUAUUAAAUUUAUGCAUAGUAAUUGAUUAAAAAAGCUUUGAUGAUUUGUCAUGGAAAACGGUACUAGUCCGAACACGAAAGCUGAAGGGGCUGGAAAGAAAAAAAGGAAGCAGCCGAAUAUAGUAUCAAGAUGGUUUUUGUGCUGGGUGUGUCCUGUGUUGUUCAAUGGGAACAGGAGGGAAGUGGAGGAAUCAGAUCUGGUGUCGCCGCCGAGCAAGCAGUACGACUCGCAGAUUGCCGGUGACAAACUUGAAAGGGCGUGGUUGGCGGAAUGUGAAAAAGCAUUGCAGGAGAACAGAAAGCCUUCAUUAUGGAAAGCCCUAUCAAAAGCCUACUGGUUGUCAUUCAUGCCUGGAGGUAUUUACCAAAUCGUCGUGGCUAUUGUCAGGACGAUUCAGCCGCUGCUAUUUGCGCAGCUUCUCAGCUAUUGGACUGUCGACUCGCAGUUAACGGCAUUAGAGGCGGGGUACUACGCCCUCGCCAUGUUGGGGCUUAACUUCAUCGCCUUGAUGAGCCAACACCACGGCAGUCUGUUCAACCUUCGAUUCAGUAUGAAAAUGAAAGUGGCUUGCUCUGCGUUGCUGUUUAGAAAGCUCAUGCGCAUCAAUCAAGCGUCGAUCGGCGACGUGGCGGCGGGAAAGCUGGUGAACCUACUGGCCAACGAUGUGGCCAGGUUCGACUACGCUUUUAUGUUCCUCCACCACCUGUGGAUCAUCCCCAUCCAAGUCGCAGCCGUCCUCUACUUUAUGUGGAUUUCCGCUGGCUACGCACCCUUCGUCGGCUUCUUUGGAGUGGUCAUUUUGAUUUUUCCUAUUCAGGCGGCUCUCACCAGAGUGACUGCUACCAUACGUCGGGCCGUCGCGCAAAGAACUGACAGAAGAAUCAAAUUGAUGGGUGAAAUCAUUGGCGGUAUACAGGUCAUCAAAAUGUACGCCUGGGAAAAGCCAUUCCAGAAGAUAGUGGCAGCAACUCGUGCGUACGAGUUGAACGCGCUCACCAAGUCCAUAUUCGUGAGGAGCGUGUUUAUUGGGUUCAUGAUGUUCACCGAGAGGACCAUCCUCUUCGUCACCUGCUUGACCCUCAUCUUGAGCGGGGAUAUGGUCACUGCACCCACGAUAUACCCUAUCCAGCAGUAUUUCAGUAUCAUUCAAAUGAAUGUGACGUUGAUUUUACCACUGGCUAUAGCAAGUUUAUCAGAAAUGUUCGUGUCAUUGGAACGUAUUGAAGGUUUUAUGGCUUUAGAUGAAAGGGAAGACUGCAAACUGAUGCCCAAGUCAAACCUCAUCAAUAAUGUUACAACAUUUAGCUCUAAGAAGCAUUCAGUUGACAAUGCAGCUACCGUCAAUCCGACGAAAUACUCCCCAACAGGUGAAGUAAGCACUGCGACUCCUCAACACAAAGCGGCUGGAGCUGACUACUCGGUGGAACUAUCUGGUGUCAGCGCGUCGUGGACCGACUCCAAGGAGCAGUCGGAGAUGACGCUCAAGAACAUUUCCAUGCGCGUACGCAAGGGCAAGAUGUGCGCCGUCAUUGGUCCCGUGGGUUCAGGCAAGUCCUCUUUACUCCAAGUACUGCUUAAGGAGUUACCGACGUCUAAAGGCAGUUGCAGUGUCAAUGGCAAGAUCUCGUACGCCUCUCAAGAUGCCUGGCUGUUCCCUGCCACUGUGCGCGAGAACAUAUUGUUUGGAGUGCCCUACGAUGUGGAAAGAUAUAAAAAAGUUUGUAAGGUGUGCUGCCUCCAACCUGAUUUCAAGCAGUUUCCAUACGGAGACCUGUCACUGGUAGGAGAGAGAGGAGUGUCCCUCUCGGGUGGUCAGCGAGCCAGGAUCAAUCUGGCUAGGGCAGUGUAUCGAGAGGCUGACAUCUAUUUGCUAGAUGACCCUCUCUCUGCAGUAGACGCGAAUGUCGGUCGUGAACUGUUCGAAGGUUGCAUCAGCGAGCACCUGCGCGGGCGCACCGUCAUACUAGUCACUCAUCAAGUUCACUUCCUCAAGUCGGCUGAUCAGAUUGUCGUCCUAAAUGAGGGAUCGGUAGAAAAUAUUGGAACAUAUGACGAAUUGGCUAAAUCUGGAACUGAAUUUUCAUUAAUUCUAUCUAAUGAAGGCGAAGCAGAUGAAGUUGAAAAUGCAGAAAAGAGGCCUUCCCUAAAGCACCGCAUAUCUUUGCAACGUGGAAUAUCAGUAAAGAGUGAUGACAACCCUGAGGAGGAAAGGGAACAAAUUCAGGUAGCAGAAGAAAGAGCUUCCGGCACAUUGAAGGUGGAAGUCCUAAUCCAAUACCUCCAGUCAGUACAGUCCUGGUGUCUCAUCGCCUUCGUCUUUAUUGCGUUGAUUACUGUACAAGGAUUUGCAACCACUACCGACUAUUGGCUCAGUUUCUGGACGAACCGAGUAAAUGAAUACAUGGAGGAGAACAACGGAGAAUUGCCUGACACUAGCUUAGACUUCCAAGUGGGUCCCUUGACAAACGGGCAGUACCUCGGGAUUUAUGGCGGACUUGUGCUAUCAAUUAUAGUAUUUCUACUGAUUAGAAUUUCCAUCUUCGUCACGAUGACUAUGAGAGCCUCGAAGAAUCUUCACAAUACCGUCUUCAAGAACUUAAUUGCUGCCGUCAUGAGAUUCUUUGACACAAAUCCUUCGGGUCGUGUGCUGAACAGAUUUUCCAAAGACCUUGGAGCAAUGGACGAGUUCCUUCCUCGAACAUUCUUGGAAACGAUUCAGAUGUACUUGCUGAUGACAAGCAUCCUCGUGUUAAAUGCACUAGCCUUGCCAUAUACGCUGAUACCUACCUUUGUAUUAGUGAUUAUAUUCUUCUUCCUACUUCGGUGGUAUUUGAAUGCGGCUCAAGCUGUGAAGCGGUUAGAAGGCACCACCAAGAGUCCAGUCUUUGGUAAAAUCAAUUCGACCGUGACAGGUUUGUCUACAAUAAGAAGUUCUAAUGCCCAAGAUAUGCUUAUGCGGUCCUUCGAUGAAGCUCAGGAUCUCCAUUCGAGUGCUUUCUACACGUUCAUCGGCGGGUCUUCCGCGCUGGGCAUGUAUUUGGACGCGAUGUGUCUCAUCUAUCUGGGCAUCAUCUUGGCUAUCUUCAUAUUGGUUGACUUUGGUGAUUUAAUCCCCGUGGGGAGCGUGGGUCUGGCCGUGAGCCAGUCGAUGGUGCUGACGAUGACGCUGCAGAUGUCUGCGCGGUUCACCGCCGACUUCCUCGCGCAGACCACCUCCGUCGAGAGGGUGCUCGAGUACACCAAGCUUAAUAAGGAGCAGUACAUUGAUGAUGGACCAACCAAGCCACCAAAAGAUUGGCCAACGCAAGGCAAUGUGAAGUUCGAGGGAGUAAGCAUGAAGUACGGUGAAGAUGAUCCUCCUGUUCUGAAAAAUUUGAAUUUCGAAAUCCAAAGUGGUUGGAAGGUGGGUGUGGUCGGUAGAACGGGAGCUGGGAAGUCUUCGCUAAUAUCAGCCCUCUUCCGACUGUACGAUAUUGAGGGCAAAGUCAAAAUAGACGGGGUCGAUACACACGGCGUCGCUAAACAGGAGUUGAGGUCUAAAAUUUCAAUUAUACCGCAAGAGCCGGUCCUGUUUUCUGCACCGCUGCGCUAUAACUUGGAUCCUUUCGAUUCUUAUAGUGAUGAUGAUAUAUGGAGAGCAUUGGAACAGGUGGAACUCAAGGAAGCUAUUCCAGCGAUAGACUUCAAAGUGUCAGAAGGAGGCAGCAAUUUCUCGGUGGGCCAGCGACAGUUGGUGUGCCUGGCGAGAGCUAUCCUGCGCUCCAACAAGAUACUUGUCAUGGAUGAAGCCACUGCGAAUGUUGAUCCUCAAACGGAUGCCCUCAUCCAGAAGACCAUUCGUCGUGAGUUCUCCGCGUGCACCGUGAUCACCAUAGCUCACCGGCUCAACACCAUCAUGGACUCCGACCGAGUGCUCGUCAUGGACAAGGGUGAAGUAGCUGAGUUCGACCAUCCCUACCUGCUCCUCAGCAACCCCAACAGUAUUUUCACGUUCAUGGUCAACGAAACCGGACCCAACAUGAGCAAAGUACUCAUAGAAAUGGCAAAGAAUAAGUACUUGAGUACUCACCCAGAAGAAGACAAGAAAGCUAGGUAAAUAAUGUAGUUAAAUGUAGAAUAAAUUAUAAGGUUGAGAAUCAACCACAAUGUUGCUGACUGUGACUGAUGAGUGUGUAAAUUAUAAAUAAAGAUAUAUUUUUU